AUGUCAGACUUUGGCUCCCACGCCAGUUUUGGCCAAUUGCGGCUGCAGGCUCGUCAGCUUGAGUCGCAGACCGAGUCCCUGUUUGUGCAGUACUCGAACGUUUCCCAGAAUCCGCCACUGGAGCCGACCGAGGAAGAGACCAAGGUCGUCAAAGAUCUGGAAAAGAUCCUUGCUCAGCGCGAGGACCUGCUCGCAUCGCUCACCCGCAUCCACGAUUCCGAGCAGCUCGCGUCAGCGACAAAGCUUCAUCAUUUACAACGCCACAAAGAGAUCCUUAUCGAACACCAGAAGCAGUUUGCCCAUCUAAAGUCUACAGUCAACCACGAGCGCCAACGCGGGAACCUGCUGUCAAGAGUGCGAAACGACAUCGAUUCCUUCUCCCGCAGCCCAAACUCGACAUCCUCCGCGCCCGUCGAUCCCCGUCGCGAGGCGGAGUAUAUGCUCAACGAACGCUCGAGAAUCGAGCGCUCUGAUAACCUGGUGGAUAGUAUCCUGUCUCAGGCGUAUGCGACCCGCGAGGAAUUCGGGCGGCAGCGUCAGGUGUUGAUGAACGUGCAGCGGCGGGUGACGAGCACCGCCAGCAGAAUCCCAGGCAUCAACUCGAUAAUAUCAAAGAUCAACACACGCAAGAAACGGGAUAGCUUGAUCAUUGCCACCUUGAUCUCACUUUGUAUUCUUGCCUUGUUUUUCCUGCGAUAG